AGUCACAGAACUUGUAGUUUCGGUGCUAGUCCGCGUAACUAAAAGAACGUAUAAAACUUGUAAACAUAACCACGUUUUUAUCUAGUGGUGUGUUAUUAAAGAAGAAAAUAUAUUUAAUUAGAAAAAUAUGAACUCUGUAAAUGACGAAAAACCUCGAAUAAUACUAGAGGAAUAUAAAACAUCUCGAAAUUUACCGAGUGAACCCACUGUUCUAAACGAACCGUUUUCUAUAAAGAAUUUCAAAAAAAAAUUUAGAAUAGUCAUAGUCCGAAAGGAAAACGACGAAUUGGAAUUUGAUUUAAUAGGAUUACAUCCGUAUUUAGCGAAUACGUUCAGGAGAAUAAUGUUAAGCGAAGUACCUAGUAUGGCGAUCGAAAAAGUUUUUAUACACAAUAAUACUUCUAUAAUUCAAGAUGAAGUUCUUGCACAUCGUUUAGGAUUGAUUCCUCUUAAAGCAGAUCCGAGAUUGUUUGAAUAUAAAGACGCUUCCUCUACAAACACGGAAAACGAUUCACUAGAAUUCGAGCUUAAAAUUAAAUGUAGUUAUAAUAAAGAAAGUAACAAAAAGGAAUCGUCGAGGGUUGAAGAUAUGUACAAAAAUAAUAACGUAUAUUCGAAACAUAUAAAAUGGAUACCGAUUGGAGAACAACAAAAAGAACGUUUCAAAGAAAUCGACGUCGGUCCAAUCGAUUCUGAUAUACUUAUAGCGAAAAUGAGACCAGGACAUGAAUUAGACAUUAAAAUGGUGGCUGUUAAAGGAAUUGGUAAAGACCACGCUAAAUUUUCACCUGUCGCUACGGCUUUCUACAGAAUGAUGCCCGAUAUAAAACUAAUCAAAGAAGUCACCGGCGAAUCCGCUUACAAACUUCAAAAUUGUUUCUCCCCAGGUGUUAUAACUGUAAAAGAAGAAGAAAACGGAAGAAAAAUUGCAGUGAUUAAUAACCCUCGGUAUGAUAUAGGCAGCAGAAACGUUUAUAGAUACGACGAUCUUAAAGAUGCCGUUAUUAUGACAAAAAUUCAAAAUCAUUUUAUAUUUACUAUCGAAUCUGUGGGUGCUUUGAAACCGGAAGACAUAUUUAAAGAAGCCGUUAAUUCAUUGAGGAGCAAAUGUGCUUCAUUAUUGGAAGAAUUAAAUUUAUAAUUUCAUUUUAUAUUUGAAAUAAAUGUUUUAAAUAUCAUAAAA